AUGCCGCCGAAGAAGCUCCCAAAGAGCAAGAUGGGGUUCUUCUGCGUGCGGGCAAAGCCAUCCGGCCACUUUGACGUCGAGUUCUCCGACGCCGGCCUCCGCUUCUGGCUUGGCACCUACACCACCCCUAACAAGGCCGCGUGUGCCUAUGACGUGGCAGUGUGGCAUGCCAGGAGGCCGAAGAAGGAUCUCAACUUCCUGGAGAUCGAGACCGGGCGGGCGGAGUUCCUCGUGCCGGAGGGUAUUCAGAUGGAGGAGAUACCGAAGAAGAGACCUUCCAUUGUCCUUGGUCCCGGUGAUUGCUAUGAGGCGGAGAUGGCGAGGUUCGCGCGGGAGCAUCCAGAGUAUGUUCAGGCCAAGCAGGAGUAUUUCUGGAAAACGGGACGCCGAGCGGAAGAAUAA